AUGUCACCCACCGCGACUCUUGAACCAAAACACUGCCAGGUCGUUAUUGCCGGCGGAGGCGUAGCUGGCAUCACUCUUGCAUUGGCCUUCGAGCGUAUGAAUAUCGAUUAUAUUCUUUUUGAAGCGCAUUCCAGCCUUGCACCAAGCGAAGGGGCAAGUAUUGGGCUUUUGCCUAAUGGGCUUCGCAUCCUUGAGCAACUCGGUGUUCUAGGUGAGAUCGAGCAGCAGAGCGUGGCUCUACAGACAUGGCGUCAUAUUGAUGGGGAUGGAAAUCUCAUCUCUUGCACUAGUGCCCUAGGACACUAUCCUUCCAAGAUUGGGUACGGAGGCUUGUUUCUCGAGCGCCAAAAGCUUCUUGAAAUGAUGGCUGGUCACUUGAAAAACAAGGAUGCCAUCAAGACUUCUGCGCGAAUUGUUUCGUUGGUCGAAGCUAAAGACAAGAUCACUGUCGUUACAGAUGAAGGGUUCACUGUCACGGCGGAUCUUGUCAUUGGCGCCGACGGAGUGCGCAGUGUAGUUCGGAAGCACAUCGGUUCUUGGGGGCCAGAUGACUGCAUGACAGCGAACUUUGCUUGCGUAUAUGGCAUCUCGAAGCCUACCCCGGGCAUCGUCGAAGGGGAUUGCUUUUCGGUGUACAGAAAAGGCGCCAGCAUCCUCGGCUUUACAGGCAAAGGCGGAGUCGUCUUCUGGUUUGUCUUUGAGGAUCUCGGCCGACCCUGGCCUCUGUCCGAAGUGCCGAGGUACAGCGAGGCCGAUGCCGACCCCGUCUGUCAGUCUGUCGCGCAUCUGAAACUCGACAACGGCCUCAGGUUUGCCGACAUCUACGCCAAUCGGACUGUUUCAAGAAAGGUUGUUCUGGAAGAGGGCAUGGCCAAGACUUGGCACUCGGCUCGUGCCGUGCUCGUCGGCGAUGCGGCUCACAAGAUGGUCCCGAACGCCGCUAUGGGUGCCAACCAGGCCAUGGAGUCGGCUGUUGUUUUGGUGAAUGAGCUCCGAGGAGUUCUGGCGUCAUCAUCGGACAAUUCUUUCCAUCACGAUAUCUUACGUGCAGCUCUAGCCCGAUACACAGAGCAGAGAAAAGGCCGCACCACCCAAGUUCAGCAAAAGGCCGCCAUGGUUUGCCGGGCGCAGCUAUGCCACAACGGGCCUGCCGAAGCCAUUCUGAAGGAGUUGCCCACCUUGACUGACGGGGAUUGGCUUUUCAGGGGAUUUAUGGGCCUUGCUGAUGCGCCUGUACUGGAUGAUAUGCCGCUCUCAAGUCGGGGACUGAUGUACCAAAAAGCAGUGGAAUCACUGCGGAACAAAGCAAUUGCUCGUCAGAAGGGGGAAUUGAAGGCAACAAAUUUGGCUUUGUUUGGUCUCGCGAGUGGGAUUUAUUAG